GUUUAACAGACAAAGAGAUUUUGGCCCAAUCAAUUUUUUUUAUUUUUGGUGGCUAUGAGACCAUUGGUACCUCCCUCAGCUUCAUGUCUUAUUGUCUGGCCACGCACCCUGAUGCUCAAGAGAAAUUGUACCAAGAGAUCAACGACACUUUUCCCAAUAAGACCCCUCCCACCUAUGAUGCGCUCCAUCAAAUGGAAUAUCUAGAUAUGGUGGUGAAUGAAACUUUUCGUCUUUACCCUCCUGGGACACGACUUGAGAGGAUUUGCAAAAAGACAGUAGAAAUCCAUGGAAUCACCAUCCCAAAAGAGACCGUGGUUAUGAUUCCCGCUUAUGUCCUACAUCGGAUGCCCGAAUAUUGGCCCGAGCCCGAAGAGUACAGACCUGAAAGGUUUAGUAAAGAGAACAAAGAGAGCCUAGAUCCAUAUAUGUUCCUCCCUUUCGGAGCGGGUCCCAGGAACUGCAUCGCUAUGCGUUUCGCCCUCCUGGUGGUGAAAAUGGGUCUGGUGGUCGCGCUGCAAAGAUUUCGCUUUCAAACCUGCAAAGAAACACCCAUCCCCUUGGAGCUGGAUGACAAAGGGUUCCUCAAGACGAAGAAACCCAUCAUGUUGAAGUUGGUGCCGAGAGUCAUGAAACAUGGGGAGUAGACAUAUUGGAGGCUCUAAAGAAGCAGUGGUGUCUUCCUCCCUCCCUCCCUCCCUCCCUUCCUCCUUCCUCCCUUCCUCCUUCCUUCCUUCCUCCUUCCCUCCCUUCCUCCUUCCCUCCCUCCCUCUUUUCCCCCUCCACCUCCCUUCCUUCCUGUUGUGUUUUCGUGUCACCUAACAGCAGCCAUCUGAGUCUAUAGAAUUGAAUGCCCACUUAGAUAUUUUCUCAUCCUCUUUUCAAGGACAGUUGGGUGCUCCAGUUAAUCUUGGGAUCCCUCCUGUCUUUACUUUU